ACGCUUUUGCCGGUGUUGGUAGUUAUUCUCAAUCCGAAGCAUCACUUCGGCUCGCAGUUGUUGUCGAAGACUUCAAUCAACUGGUCGUCCUGAACGUUUCGGGAUUCGCCGUCGCCCAGAGCUUUGAAUGUUUUUGGUGUUAUUCACGGUAGAUUCGAACGAAAGCAUCCUUAUCACAGAUCUACAGAGAAAUGCCGCGGUACGGUAGGGUGAUCCUGCUCUUGGGAUUGGCAACGUUGGGUGCAGCCUUGAAUGAUAAUGACCCGUGUACCAACCCAGCCGGACAACCUGGCCGGUGCAUCUACUUCCGAGAAUGCGAGCCGCUGCUCACAAUAUACAGUAAACCUAUCGUUUCGCCGGCGGAGAGUAAAUUCGUCGAAAAUAGUCGCUGUGGAAUGACAGCCGAUAGAAAGCCACUGGUUUGCUGUGCAUCGUCCAACCCCAUCAGUACAGGAUCGCGGAUUCAAUAUUCCCUGCCGAAGCCUCCCAACUGCGGAGUGGACUUCCAGGAUCGUAUCGUCGGGGGCCAAAGGACCGGCCUAGAUGAGUUCCCCUGGACCGGCCUGAUCCAGUAUCGGAAACCCACCGGACGCUUUGGGUUCCACUGUGGUGCCUCGCUGAUCAAUUCCCGUUACGUCGUAACGGCGGCCCAUUGCAUCAAGGCCAUUCCACGCGGCUGGGAAGUAACCGGUGUCCGUUUGGGAGAGUGGGACCUGGACAACCAAAUCGAUUGCCAAGAGGAAAAUAACUGCGCCGAUGCACCGGUUGACAUGGCCGUCGAGCAAAUAAUCGUACAUGAAGACUACAAUCCGCAGAACAAAGCCCAGUACAACGACAUUGCUCUGAUUCGGUUCAACAGGGAUGUUCAGUUUUCGUCGUUCAUUUCUCCGGUUUGUUUGCCCAUCGACAGUGCCCAGCGCAACAAGAACAACGUUGGAACUAGGGGCGUGGCCACGGGAUGGGGUCGUACGGAAACUGCCAGCGCAAGCAACGUCAAGCUGAAGGUUGAGCUUGAAAUUCAGGAUCUGCAGACCUGUUCCAACACAUACAGACCAUCGGGAGUGAUCCUGAGAGAUACGCAACUGUGCGCCGGUGGUGUAAGAGGACAGGAUACGUGCAGUGGCGACUCUGGUGGCCCGUUGACCAAAUUGGAUCGCGCCAACAACUUCCUGUACGGUAUUGUGAGCUUUGGACCCAACAAGUGCGGAACCAAGGGAGUACCCGGAGUGUACACCAGUGUGGCCAAAUAUAUCGAUUGGAUCGAACGGAAUAUGCAGUAAGUCUGCAGUUAGGUGAGGUUGAUUAUCACAUAGAGCGUGCAUAACAAAUUAUAUAGCUUGAUAAUGUUUUGGACUAAAUUCUUUAUUGACGAUGAA